GGCUGCUGUCAGGUGUAUGCGGGCAACAUUGUUCAGAAUGGCUGCUGUGUCUGCAUUCAAAAUCAGGAAGAUACACUGGGUAUGUAGUGUUUUGAUUGGCUAAUAAGUUAUUCUGAUAUUCGAUUCAGGAAUUGGCAUUUGGUAAGGAUCCAUCGACUAAUUUGAGGAAUUAUUUUCCAUCAUUGCUUGCAAGAGCUACAGUCAACUGUCCGCAGGCUUUAAAAACCGAGUUGUUAACUUGUUUAUCGAUGUGCUUGUCAACGGAUCCUCAUUGUUUUAGUGUUUGGUGUCAGAUGUACACUUCUCAUAUGGAACAGUCUAACGUUCUGAUGAACCACUUGCUGCUCACUUGGAAUACAAUCUCAAACAAGUUACCAUUGAACACGUUGCGGGACACUGUACGGGCAUUCAGCGUGACCAACGACGAGCUGACUGGGAAAUCGAACCAGACGCCAUAUCUGAACCAAUGUCAGAGAGUCUGUAAGGAAUUGAUGGCCAAAAUGACUGCAGCCAAGUUUCCAUGGAAAUACAUGGUGUUGUUACUGAUGACAGGAAUGGUUGCCUUGGUAACAUAUGACAUUUACAGAUAUCGAGGUUUCCAUGGUUCCAAGACAGAUUUAUUUUUAGAAGAAAGUGGUGUCAAGACGGCGUCUGUGCAGGCUUGGAAUAAAGUUACUCUGUAUUCAGCCAAAGCAAAUAUUUGGAUGAAAGACAACAUUCCAUACUAUUAUUCAAAAGCUUGUGAGUUUUCAGAGCCUUAUCUGCAGUUGCUGUGGGAAAAACUUUACCAAGCUGGGGUAUAUCUCGCAGAAGUGACGAAACCUCAGCGGCAAUGGAUAGAUGAAAAAAUACCCCUGGUUUUGGCGUGGAUUGAAGAGUGGAUACCAAUAGUUUUGGCAUCAGUGCGAUAUUAUGUUUCAGAAGCUUGGUUGUUUUUGGUUUAUUAUAUAACGUUGCUUUGGAACAACGUGUCGCCAUAUCUGCAUACGACAGGAACGUGGUUACAGGAAAACGUCUUUGUGGGGAAACUUUCUCAAGAAUCCAUUUCUGAUGGCUUAAACGUCACUUGGAAUGUUGUUCAAAAUUACACAAUAGCAUUUCGUCAUUGGUGUUCAGAGAUGAUGUCUACAGUUGCCACAGAAUAGUCUAAAACUUUGUGUUAACUUAUAACCAAUUUUUGUCAUGAAAUAUAUAUAUAUAUAUUUGCCACUCAACAAGAACAAUUGUUGAAGGAUUGUUGAAAAAGCUGUCUACAUUAUUUUGAAGUAUACUACUACUAUAUUAUUCUCGCUUCUUUCCAAGUUCAGUGUUACACUUGCAUGCAUUCUUCAGUAGUGUCACAUCAACACAUCAACUUGUAGUUCAAUUAAGCACUUGUUCAGUAAACCCAUCAUGGUUGACAGGUCAAAGGUUAAAAAACAAACAAAUAAAAAACAUAAAUCUGCCCCUUACUAUAAGUAAAAAGGAACUUUAUUAGAUGCCUUAAAUUAUUGGAUAUAGUAAUAUAUGUUGAAUGUUAUCGUUUAUGGAAAAUAUAUGAGAAGAUAAAAUUAUUGAAAUAUGUAGAUUUGUAGCAGUGUAUUGUUGUAUAUUUAGUUUAGUUUAUUUGUGAUUUAAUGCAUUCUAUGGCGUUUGGUUGCAAUUUAGACCUCUCACAGCCAUUAUUAAAAUUGUAACCUUUCGCCAUGUAAUUCUUAUAGGAAAAAGUUUGAAAUCAUUGAUAAGAAUUCACACAUUACUUUUUACGUUUCACCUUACAGGUAUGAAAUUAUGGUUGAAUUAAAAAAAACUUAUUGAAAAAUCCAAUAUGGUUGUGUGAGGGUGCACUAAUUGAAUGAUUUUAUUGAGGCUUGUGUCGUUGAUACUGCAUAAAACCUGCCACGAAAGAAGAAAAUCCUAAAUGAAGCUGACAUCUUUACCAAUUUUUAUAGCAAUUAUUUCUGUUCUGUCCCUUUAUUACAUGUAAUGCAAAUUAUUACUAUAAUAUUUCUGUAUUUUUCCUUGACAGUUUUUGUGUUCAUGUUUUUAGCUCCUGUCAUCUUUGUUACCUUCAUCAAAGAUGCAAUGUUGUUCAUAUUGGCAAUAGUUUGUCGUCAGUCAACAAUUCUAUUUUCAACUUAUUAAAAACUACCAGCUCAA